GUCGAACACGCGCUUCUUUGCUCACCACAACCUCAGACCAAGUCAUCCACCAUUCUGUCGACCCCGUUUCACAGCUUUAUCGUUUGUCUUGUAAUACUCAUGCUUAGUGCAAGAACUAAGCAAGUUUUUGCCUACGGGCGUCGUGGUCAGCGGAUUGUGAAUGUCGUUGAGAGGAAUGAGUCAGAUGCCUUUCAUUCCCCCGUCAAGACAGUGCGCAACCCCGCAGCUUCUAGACAUGUCCAGACAGAAAAUGUCAUGUACUUAUCUCCCUCUCCUCCUCGCCAUCGGGCGCACGGGAAAUCCAAGCGGGCACAUAUCUCACCUACCAAAUCUCCGCUUGGUCCACCCAAGAGGAAGGCACAGGUCAAGCUAGCAGCCAGGCCAAAAAAGAAGACGGUGCUUUCAAAAUUUGAAGAGCAGACGCCUGUGCGACAACCGCUCACACCUCUACACACGAACGGUGCGUCACCUAUGGCUCUACCACCUUCAGCACUCGCGAGGAAGAAGGGCAAAGCACCAGUGCAGUCACCGCCACGGGCUGCGCUGAAGCCUACAUCUCCCAUCGUGACUCUUGAUAUCAUCAUACUCGAUGACGAUGGCAAGAAGCUCAGUCAGGAACGGCGGGUAUCACGGACUGAUGUACGGACAAACUCUGUGACUGGUGCAGCUCCGAGAGUCGGGGGCAAGGGAGCACCCAAGAACUCUGCAACCAUCCCCAUCAGUGACAGUGACUAUGACUUGGAGGAAGUGCCCGAGGUAGCGAAGAAACGUCAAGGCCGCGUACGAUCGGUGAUCAUCAUAUCCUCUGAUGACGAUGAACCUCCACCCAGAUGCAAAAUCGAGCCGACGCCUACUUUUUCCAAACGACAGUCUUCAUUUCUCGAGGUCUUAAUCCCCCCUGCGCCUUAUAAGCUACCCACUCCCCAUAAGCUACCCACAAUCCCCAAUAAACUGCUACCACCGCCUCCACCUUUACACCAACCGCAAGCACCCGUGUUCGUGCCUCUCGCCCCGCCGAUAACGAAAGUACGACAGCUGACGCCUAUACGCCGAGGACAAAAUCAAGUACCGUUCCAGCGGUUCUUCCCUACGCCUUCCACACCCACUGACGCAGACCUUUCUCUCGAACUUGAGCAACUCAACAUCUCGGAUGUGACCGAAUUUGAAGACUUGUCACCCUCACAACCAGACUAUCUAGUCCCGCUGCUUUCAGAGUGCUCUCAGACUUGUCCACAUGAAUUCUCUGCUUUCAUAGAGACAUUCCCAUUCGAUCCGAUUGUACAGCCUGCAGAAGGAGAUGACCUGGACAUCAAAUUUCGCAAAAUUGGCGAGGCCUCGUUUUCCGAGGUUUUUGGUAUCGGUGACGUAGUUCUUAAGAUCAUCCCUUUGCGAGAUGAGGAACAACGUGCCACAUUCGACUUGGAGACUCCCGCACCGAGCGACGCGAAUGAUGUUUUGAAGGAAGUUAUUGUCACUCGGGCAAUGGGAGAGAUGGGCAGUGGCUUUGUCAAGCUUCUCAGAACAUACGUCGUCCGUGGGCGCUAUCCUUCGCUGCUUCUUGACCUUUGGGAUGAAUAUAACAAGCGCAAGGGUUCUGAGGGUAUAAGACCAGACUCUUUCGGCCUUGCUCAGGUCUACGCAAUCAUUGUCCUACCAAAUGGUGGCCCAGACCUUGAAGCCUUCACUUUCAAAAAUGCCGCGAGGUCUGGCUGGCACCAAGCAUGCAGUAUCUUCUGGCAGAUUGCCAGGGCUCUGGAGCAAGCGGAAGAACUUAUGGCGUUCGAACAUCGUGAUUUACACUGGGGCCAAAUCUUGGUGAAGAACGUGCCUGUUCGGAAUUCAUUAUCAAAAAAAGCAGGGAGAAAGCUCCGCAUGGAUGAUGUUCGAUUCGGCGUUAAGGCGACUAUCAUUGAUCUUGGGCUUUCUAGAAUGGAAACCACGGAUGGGCAAGGUUCCAAGACAUACUGGACGCCGUUUGAUGAAGAGAUUUUCGAUGGGGAGGGAGAUUACCAAUUUGAUGUCUACAGGAUGAUGAAAGAGUAUAAUGGCCACUCUUGGGAAGGCUAUCAGCCUUUUACGAAUGUCAUGUGGCUUCACUACCUUACUCAGAAGCUCUUGUACUCAAAGCGACUGAAGCCUCCUGCAAUGAGAAAGAAAAGCACGGCUGAGCCUACACAAAUGGCAUCGCUGACAGGGUACGACGAACAAGAGUGUUACGACUCACUAGUGGAGAUCGACAAGCUAUUAGGUGGUUGUAUCACUGCGGCAAAGAAGGGUCGGAAGGGGAAGCGGAAAAUGUGUGUGCCAUCCUCUUGCCCAAGGACAGCGGGAGAUAUUGUGUUGUAUGGUGUCCAGAAAGGUUGGAUGAAGCCAUGAGUUGUACGAUCGAUUUUAUUCUCUGUUGCAGUAUACCCAAUCGUGCACUCUAAUUUUAAACGCUAUGGAUGACCAUCAUGGGCCGCGCCUAGUCCAUCAUUUGAACCACAGAACC